UCUGGCUGAGGGAAGUUCGGACCAGACGCCGGGAGAGACGCACCGCCCGGAUUCAUGUGGCACCUCCACACACCCGCUCCUCCGUCCUCCUCUUUCCCGUGGCACCAGCUGGGGGACUUUCACCACGUUUCGGUAGCGAUCCAGAGCUGCAUUGCUCCCAGAAAAAGGUUUAUUCUGAGACAUUAACAGUUAAAGUCCAACAAUCAUUAAGUACCUGCGUGGAUCUGGUGCAAAGGGGGGGACUUUUUGCCAGCAAAAGCGGGAUACUGCAGAGAAGCCCCUAAACAAUAAGGAUAUUUACAAAGUGAAAAAAAAAAAAAAUGCUCAAACUAGAGACCAUCAUUUGCACUUUUUCCGUGCUGUCAGUUGCAGCAAGAGCAGAUUUGAAAGCUCGGAACUGCAGCGCGGUGAGGGAGGCUUGCGUCGGGAAAGGCUUCAGCUUCUCACAUGUCCCUCACCAGGAGAUCCCAGGGGAUCAUUUGCGUGUCUGUCCUCAAGGAAGCACGUGCUGCACCCAGGAAAUGGAGGACAGAUUCGGUCAACAGAGUAAACAGGAGUUUGAAAACCUGCUCGAUGAAACGAGUCACACGUUGAGAAGCACCUUUGUCUCCCGACAUAAAAUAUUUGACGAAUUCUUCCUGGAGCUGCUGGAGAACACAGAGCGGUCCCUGAAUGAGAUGUUUGUGAGGACUUAUGGCAAGCCUUACAUGCAGAACUCUGAGGUCUUUGAGAACCUGUUUGCUGAGCUGAAGCGCUAUUACACAGGAGGGAACGUCAACCUGGAGGAAAUGCUUAAUGACUUCUGGUCGCGGCUUCUGGAGCGAAUGUUCACGCUGCUCAACUCCCAAUACGUCAUCACUGAGGACUAUCUGGAGUGUAUCAGUAAGUACACGGACCAGCUCAAGCCCUUUGGAGACGUGCCCAGGAAGCUCAAGGCUCAGAUUACCCGAGCAUUCAUCGCUGCACGCACAUUUGUCCAAGGGCUCUCUGUUGGCCGGGAAGUGGCCCAGAGAGUGUCCAAGGUGAGCAGCACUCCACCUUGUAUACGAGCUCUGACAAAGAUGCUGUACUGCCCCUUUUGUCAGGGCAUGCCCUCCGUAAAACCAUGCAAGAACUAUUGCCUUAACGUGAUGAAGGGCUGCCUGGCCAAUCAAGCCGACUUAAACCCAGAAUGGAACCAGUACAUCGAUGCCAUGCUGCUGGUGGCGCAACGGCUGGAAGGGCCUUUCAACAUCGAAUCAGUCAUGGACCCUAUUGAUGUCAAGAUAUCGGAGGCCAUCAUGAAUAUGCAAGAUAACAGUCCCCAGGUCUCCUACAGGGUUUUUCAAGGUUGUGGCCAGCCAAAACCCGCAGGAAUCACAAGGUCUGCUCGUGGUGUUUCGGAUGUCUUCAGUGCCCGUUUCAGGCCCUACAGCCAAGAGGAGCGGCCCACCACAGCAGCUGGCACGAGCUUAGACAGACUGGUCAUUGACAUAAAAGAGAAAUUGAAACUCUCCAAGAAGUUUUGGUCAAACCUGCCUGAAGCGAUGUGCGCGGAGGACAGGGUGACAGCUGGAAACGCCACUGACGAGUGCUGGAACGGACACACCAAAGGCAGGUAUUUCCCUGAAGUCCAGAAAGAUGGCCUUACCAACCAGGUGAACAACCCCGAGGUGGGCGUGGACAUCACGCGCCCGGACACCCUGAUCCGUCAACAGAUCAUGGCUCUGCGGGUGAUGACCAACAAGUUGAAAAAUGCCUACAAUGGCAACGAUAUCUACUUCCAAGACUCAAGCGACGAAGGCAGCGGCUCAGGCAGUGGCAGCGGCUCCACGGAGAUCAGCCCCACAGACGUGGACGCCGUCGUCACUGAAGUCCCGGAGGUCAGGUUCGACCGGAGCGGGCCCGUGAAAGCCUCGGCCCCGCUCGGCGCUCCCUCCGUAGCCCUGCCAACCGUGUUGGCCCUCUUAGUCCUAGUUCUUCACCAACAAUGGAGAUAAUACAGAAGCAACAAGCUACAGAUGGACAGCAGGGUUUUCUUUCCUCUCCUCCUCUGCGUUUUUUUAUAUCCGGGCAGAUUGCAGCUACAGUCGAGCAGACGGCCGCCUCGAUGCUGGAGGAGUCUGCGUUAUGAGUUCACACGUUCCCAAAGAUCAUGCAGUGCCAUCCCUAGACUUGAUAUUUUACCAUCUAACACUGAUGCUGCCCCAAAACUCUGCCUCAGAGAUUAAAAAAAGUAUAUAUAUAUAUGAAUAUUUCUUGCACAUGUGGCAGGUAUCGAUGUAGGUCUCCAAGAGGAAAAAUAUAACACGCACUUUGAUUGUUUUCAUUGUUUUAAAGGCAUUUUUUUUCUGCUUUAAAGAAAAAUGCUGAGAAUGUGGUUAUUUGAUACACCUGAAUGAGGAAAAAUGAGUUUAAUAACUGUCAUGCUUUAGAGCAAGAGGAUGAUGUGUUUUGUUGCCUAAAAUGUAUUUGAAUAAUUGUUUCACUAUCAUAAACUCAUAUGCUAAUAGCUUAUUUUUUUUAUGAAAACCACUCAAAUAUUCAUCUGAUUCUUUUUUUCUUUCUUUCUUUCGUUUUGUCUCAAUCAAAUGCAGCCACUUCAUUGCAUGCCUUCAUCUUAUGUAUUAUCUUUUUAUGUUUGGCAACAUUAUUGGUGCACUUUAUCAUAGUUUGAUCAUGAUGCUGCACAGCCUUCUAUCUAUUCACUGAGUCUGUUCAGCAGCGACCUUGCGCAAAAACCCCGCCGCUCGGCUUACGGCUACCAUCUUUCAUGUACUUAUUUUCCAUGCAAUAAAUUCAAUUACCUUUACAAUGUUCUCAUAAUACGGCAGUUUUCAAGCUUGGCUUUAGGAGUGGGCGACCUGGACUGAAUUAAUAAAAUGCGGCUUUUCGCGUAUUUUCCAGAGAAGGUCGCACCUUCAUCCGAUGGGUUGCAUGUCCCCUUAAAAAAAAUCAAUGAAUCCAUCCCAGAGAAGGCUAAAUGCCAAUCAUUGGUGAGAUUUUAUUGAUUGAUGACAAAAAUAUUGAUCCACUAAAAACUACUGGUACAAAACCAUUCAAUUAGGAGAUUCCUAAAAGCCUAUUAAACAAAUUAAAGUGUUCAACAGACAUAUUUAACCUACAAGAUACAGACAGAUGGAAAAAGUCAGGAUCGUGUCUUGUGUAUUUUGUGUAGAUGGAGAUGCACAUUGCACUAUUAGACCACAUCUUAUCAGUACGGUGUUGUCCUGCUGUAAAAUCUAUAUUAAUUUACAGUAAUUGGUGCCUAUCAAUUUGAUGUAUUUCCAGAUUACUCUCAAAAUAUUUAUAAAUGUUUCAUAAUUACUGGAACUGCAUAGAUAUUUGCUACUCCUGCACUUAUUGUCUGACCUUUGUUGCAAUUUGGAAAAAAAAUAAAUAUAUAUAUAUAUAUAUUAAUACAUAUAUCAUGAGCACCAUAGCAAAAAGAAACAAAGAUACUGACACAGAGCAUUAAAAUGUCACGCUGAAUCACAAAAAUUAAAAAAGAUGCAACAUUAAUACAGCCUCCGUAUAGUUGUGAAAGGCACAGGAAUUAUCAAGAGAGACAGCAGCAAAUAGCACGAGGUAGUUACUGGGAAUGUGAAGAAAGGGCCGCUAAAUUUAUCUGGAAAGCUUGAAUGGUUGUGUCUGCAGCACAGGCAGGCUUGAAGCCGACCACAGUCACCUGUGAAAUGAGAAUCUGUGGGGACCGGACAGAGCUGAACGCUCCGGUGAAGCUCCUCAGUGGAGCGUACUUACAGAGAAUGUGAGAGGCCUGGCACGGCUAAGGGGGGCACACAAAACCAGCCUGUAUGUACAUCUGCUGUUCUCUGAGAGCCCGUCAGGACCACAACCACCAGUUCCAGCUAAGCUCACAUCUCCACACAGUUAUCUGUAUUCUGCCAUCCUCCAUGUAUCGAUGAAUAUUCAUUGACCUCUUUCUUUAUUGCUUUGACGUCUGCACGUGCAUCCACAUCCCCAGAACAACAAAAAAAAUGUCAUGUUUAAUUGAAGAUCUCUCUUUAUUUUGACUGUUGCUCCCACAGGAUGCCCCUUUUUAUGUUUUAUAUCAUUGAACUUGUAAUAGUUUUGCAAUAAAAUCUUUAAAAAGGGAUGCGGGGUUAGUUUCAACAGGAAGGAGGUUUCUUUUCUUUUCUUUUUUUAACUAUGAAUGCAUAUCCGUAGGACAUCAAAUCAUAAAAAGUUAUUUUUUACUUGGAGUUUGAAUAUAAUUUCCAAGUGACGGAUGGAGAACGAGUUGAACAAACAUGCCUUACUGUUUUUCAGUGCAAUUAAGAUAAUUACAUUUGUGUUUUGUUACUGUUCUUGAGAAUAAAUUGAUAUUAAA